AUGACGAUGGCCCAGGCCUCGAGCCCUCCAGUGCUCACACCGCACAAGAUAACUAGAAGCUAUUCAGAACAGGUUGCCGAGCUUCGAGCAAUCAAGGACAAGUGUAUUGGUCAUCUGCAAAACAAAGAAGAAUGGGUCGAGAAGGGUAUACUGGGGUCUAUCCUCCAGGCGCUACAAGUCCUAUCUUAUAUUUCUCUCGCCCACCUAAACUCGCCCCGGGUCGUUCUGACAGCCCUCCGCAUCAUUCGCAACAUGACCGAGGCCACGAGUGCUGCUCUACCAGGUCACGAUGAUCUCAACAGAUUGGCCGAGGCUCUAUUCAGACCGGAACAUCUCGAGUCAUUUUAUGCUAUUCUUACACAACCUUCUGCCGAUUCGGUCAUACAAGAGCAAAAGCGCUUGGUCUUGAGUUCGAUUGCCCGGUUAUGUAAUAAAGAGGAACAUCAAAACGUUUUGGCCGACAGUGGUGUUCUGGAUGCGCUCGCGACGAUACUGGCCAGUUUCAUUGUGGCCCGAGGCGAGGUCAUACCUGGAGCGGAAAUGGUUGCGGAAACAGAUGGCCUAGCUGAUAUGAUUCCAGCCCCGGCUCCCCGAGGGGCAAGUCUCGCCUUGACGUUGGAAGCAAUAUCGGCCAUCAUUUGCAACUCUAAGUUCCGUUGUUGCAUGUUUGUGCUUUCUCCGGCAAUCCUAGCCGUUCUCCCUUUGAUCGACUUUACCCCUGCGUCAGCAGAACCAAGGGCUUCUGGUGCUGGCGGUGCCGCGGGCAAAAGCCACGGGGCCAUGGACUAUCUCCUUCCCCUAAUGCCCGGUUCCCAGUCUAGGAGCAGUUCCCAGGUUGCCCAGCUUCCUCCCUCCAGCUUGUCGCGGAAUGCUUCAUCAAACAGGCGCUCUCAGACAUACAAAUUUACUGGCCUCGAUCCCGCCAGUGAGGACUCGGAUGCUGACAACCCGGAGAGUCCUGUGGUGCCCUGGCUUCUCAAUCUUGUGCGGAAGACAAGUGGGCUCGAGAGGGUGGCAGCGGCUUCUGUUCUGACGUCUCUGUUCAAAGCCAACCUCACCCGCCUGGACCGAGAACAGGAACUGGCUUACCUCCUUGUGCCUAUACUCUGCAAUCUGAUAAGGGAUCAUAUGAAGGAAAUUCCUCCGUCGAUUUACACGACCACAUUUAUUGACAGUGAUACGGAAAAGGACUGGGCCAUUCUGGAGAAAACGCCGGAAGUGUUGGCGCGCUUGGUUGGGGGGAGCGAGAUCUUGCAGAAGUCUGCUCAUGAGUGUGGCGUAAUCAAGACAACGGCCAAGCUUCUCAAGGAUGCAUAUGAGCUCUUGGCUUCGCCGUUGAUCCCGAGCCCGUGGACAGCAUUUCCCCGUCAGAGUAUGGUUUCGGAAGGGAGCCCUCCAUCGUGCCAACUCGGACCGCCGGGGCCGGUCCCAUUGUACAUCCAUAGGAUCAGGAUGAGGUACAGUGCACUGACGCUCGUGGCGGGGAUGUGUUCAUCGCGAGAGGAUUACCGCAAGGAGCUUGCUUCUCAGGAGCUGGUUCCUUUUAUUGUCGAGUCGCUUGCGGUACGACCCGGGAAGCCCCAAAAUCGAAAGGGGAAGUCGGCUUCCAAGAAGGAAGGGAAAGAUGGGGCUGAGAGGUUGGCUUAUGGACAGAACCCCACCAGCGUGAUUCUGGCGGCCUGUCAUGCGUUGCGGUGUCUCGGGCGAUCAGUCAGUAUUCUAAGGACGACCUUUUUAGAUCACGAUGUCUGGCAGCCUGUUUACAAGCUCAUGAAACACCCCGAUUUGGAGGUGCAAAUUGCAGCUUGCAGUGUUGUCAUCAACCUCUUGGCAAGCUCCAGUCCCAUGGUUGAGAUCCUCUGCGAACAAGCACACUCUCACGAGCCAGGGCUGCGUCUCAACGCGGUCUGGGCACUCAAGCACUUGAUCCUCGAAGUUGACAAUAGCCGCAAGAAGCAACUCCUGGAGGAGUUGGAACCCGGGUGGCUCAUCCAGCUGAUCAGCGAUGACACAUCCGAAGAGGGUGCGCCGUACACGCGGCCGCGACGCUCCACGGAUGCUGACGAAGACGAGGAUAUGGACGCGGAAACGACAGAGGAAGAGGAGCCUCACUUGUGGACAUGGCGGGGCAUGGAUGGAAACCCUCGCAGGAUGAACUCGCCGCGGAUGCAAAAAGCGAAAGAAAAACUCGAGAUGCUGCGGAAAGCGGACCUGAACCCGGCGCGGAAAGCAAGGAACGACAUGAUUGCGAUUCAGGAGCAGGCGCUGGGUUUUAUUCAAAAUUUCAUCAUGAACCCGAACACACCGCAGGACCAGACGGAGCUGGUGGAUUACUUGUUUUCGGAGCUGGGGGAGAACAGGUUGUUUGGGAUUCUGGCGAACAAGCUCAAGGUACGGGUGGUGGGGGCGUUUGGCCGGAAGUAUUCCAAGGGGAGGGACACGCUGGCGCUGUACCCACAGGCGAAGAUCAUUAUGGCUAUCACGUUUAUCUUGGUGCACAUUGCGGCAAGUAUCCCCAGGCAUCGACAGUUGGUGAUUGCGCAGACCGAGUUGUUGAAGCUGCUGGGGGGCAGCCUCGACAACGAAUCGGUGGAUGUGAGGAGAGGUCUUUGUCACUUGUUUGAGAACCUGAGCGUCCUGGAGGAUGAUGAGGACAGGCAGCCUUGCGCGCAGAGGGCGUCGGAGCUGGCUAAGCUUGGGGUCUUGUCGAAGCUGGAGGGUUUGGAGACUAAUGAUGCGGAUCUAUAUGUGAGAGAGAGGGCGAAGGCGGCGGUGGCUCAGUUCAAGACUCCAGCAAUGGCUUAG